UAGUCUCUUAAUUUCAGUGAUGGCUGACCCUAAUGGCAAAAAUCAGAAGUCUCUGUUUUUUGUGUCUUUACCUGAAUUUCGAAAACUGUGCACUGUGAGGAUAUCUUUUUCAAGUAACUCUUCAAACAAUGACAUUAGAAGUAAACAGAUGAAAUUAUGCAGAGAACUUGUGCUCCUUUUUCCUGACAUUCUUGUUUCUCCAGUGCAAGAAACCUGUAGUGAACUGAUCACAAUAAUGUCUACACAGUUUUUUAAAACUGGAAACAUGCAGGCCUACACUCAAAGACAUGAAGUUCAGAUGGAUUCUCCUAAAAGAGUUUUUCCUGGUGAUCUUCAGACAUGCCUGUCAUAUACACUUAUAGCAAGACUUGCUCCGAACUGGAACAAAGCUGGCCAUUUACUUAUUCAAGGAGUGAAUUUUAUGACAGAAAGUGGAAAACAGAAUGCUAUUGGCAUGGAUCUGAAUGUUACUGAAACUCAGCUCUGUAUAAGUGUGGAGGUUAAUACUAUUCGUUUGCCACCAGCAAAGGAUGACAAGUUGGACUUAACAUGUGAAAAAAAGCGGAUAAAAGCAGCUGUUGAAGAUGUAAAUAUUCAAGAAUGUGCAAAAAACAAUCAGCUAUCGAAAGUUAACAGAUGUACACUACAAGCUUGGUUGAAGUUGCAUGGCAUUUUGGUGAAAACAAAGGAGAAGAAAGAAGAUCUGAUUUUUAAAAUAAUGGAGUUUCUUAAUAAAGCUAAACUCGAUAAAUAG